AUGCAUGAUUAUGCAAGUUCAACUCACCCGAAACACAUCAUCAAAUGUGAUCUUUCCAUCUUCCACAAGUCGAGCUCCCGCGUAAAAGCUAGUGGCAUAGACAAGAAAAAGCAAGGCGAAAGAAAUGCCAAAACCCACUCCACUAACCAACCCUUGCCUGACCCCAUUCUUCAACGGCCCCUCACACUUGUUUUUGUACAUUUCCAUCACCUUCUCCUCCGCACAGAAGGAAGCCACUGUCCUUAUGCUCCCAACCGCAUCAUUCGCGAUCUGACUCGCCUCCUCAUACAUUGUCUUUGCAUCUGCACUGAAACCCUUCAUGAACUUGACCUGCACGAAACCACUCGCUCCUAUCAGGGGUACCAUCGCAAGAAUGAUGAGCGCCAGCUGCCAACUGGCUUCAAAAGCGAUUGCCAGCCCAACAGUUGCCGACGACAAAUCUUGAACCAUUUGCGCGAGCGAGUCCCCCACGAGAGCACGCACGCUGGCAGCAUCGGCAGACAGCCUGGCCCCAAUCACUCCGCUCGAGUGCUUCGCCUCGUCAAACCAUCCAACUUCCAUGUCCUCGCCGGGUACGCGACGAAUGACGCGACCCCGAGCACCAGAAACAUCAAAGCCCAAAACUUUGAAUCCCUGCGUAGCACAUGCGGCGUGUCGAAGAAUAUUUUGAUCACGCUUGAAAUCAGUAUUCCAAAAAUAGGCAUUAUCGCGCCAUUAAUAAUGGCGGCCAGAGUCCCCAAAAUCAGUACGGGUAUCUCAGGCUUAUUUAGGGCAGCGAGACGACGUAUAGGGACAGGCGGAGGCUUUUCCUCAAAUGUUUCGUAUUCAUCGCCUUCUUCCAAGUGGGGGUCAGCCAUGUUGUUAAGUGAGGUUGGCAGACCAAAUGACACCGAAAUUGAAUGGCGGCGGCUGCUGCUGCUACGUCCUAUGGAGGAUCCUCUGCUGAGGGAGCGCUUGAGCGACGACAUUCUUUGA